AUGGAAGUGGCGGAUGUGUAUGGCAAAGAAUCGAAGGAUCCUGGCCAUGUUAAAAUCUGGGUCAUGUUCAUUGAGAUUCUGUCGCCCAUCACGGCCAUGCUGUGCCUCAUACAAUCCUGUCACCAGGCCUCAGAAGAAAUGGCCCAGAGUCGGUCGACCUCUGCUCAAGUUCCUUGCUAUCCAAAUGGUCGUGUUUCUCUCCUAUUUCCAAGCCGUAAACGCAACCGUUCUGCCCGGGCCAUCUUCGAGCUCCUCACCUGCGACGGCGUACAUCUUGCACCCUUCGUGGGCAGUCGGGAUUCCCAACAAGCUCCUCUGCUUCAAGCUGGCAUCCCUAGCGAUUUGACACCUCUAGAAUCACCCUUACGCCAUAUGCAAAGAUCCAGCUCUGUCAAAGAACGGAAUCAAAGCCAGCGAUGA